AUGAAAGGUCAUUCCAAUUCAACGUUGCCUCCGGGAUCAGUUCUAAUACAAUCUGGCCAGGCCAUUUCUCAGACUUCUGGCAUAGCUGCUCUCCAAACUAACAGUGUCACAAGUGGUCCACAGAAUCUCCAAGUGUGGACUCCGUCACCAUCUGGAGCUAUUACGGUUUCGGGUAUCCCAUCAUCAAGGAGUUCUGCCAACUUGGUUACUCUCCCCUCUGGCCAGACUGUAUUGAUGGCCAAUUUGGUAACAACGGCUACCACAGCACCGAUUUCUCUUUCAACAUCUUCAAUUGCUAAACAACAAAUCCAAGUUCCAACGGGUCUUCCACCUGGUGGGCCUAUUGUCAUAUCUAAUCCCAAUUCUGCUGGUCCACUUGCUACACAGCUCACGAAUCCCACUGUCAUACAAGGUCCUAACGGUCAAAUGUCAGUGGCAUUACCAGGUGGCAUAAUAAGUAGCAAUACAUUAAACUCAUUCAAUAGUUCAUCCACUGCCUUUGUUUCAAGCACAUUGGGAAACAUAUCUACCGAUCAACCUGUACAUAUCGCUCAGAUUGUUGAUAAUCAUUUGCGUCCAGGAACGGCUUGUUUCACAACAAAUGCUGGCUUUCAGGGAAUAACACCUAUGAAUCAAGUACUUUUGGACUCAACAGGUUUUAAUCUUGGCAGUGCUCAAACACAAAACAAGUUGAUUAAUAUGUCUUCCAUCAGACCUCCUGGACUUGUGUCUUCUCCCAUGCAACCAGUUCACCCUGGUAAUUCGUUCGUUGCAGCUGGAAAUAUUCCUAGAGGUUUGUCUGUCAACAUUUCUUCUGACAUCACAAAUUCGCAGUCAAAACCAUCAGUUUCUCAACCAGUCAUAGUCUCUACUUCAAAUUUGCCUGUUCAAGAAGCUAUAUAUCCAGUUCAAGAUGAAUGCUCAUCGGCAAUGCAAAAUGGUACUUCUGCUUCGGGUCCAGUUACAACAUCUGUAGUUGAUGCUAGCUCAACUAACAAUCCAUCUAUUUCAACUGCUGGGGUUACUGUCGUCGAAAUACCUUGCUCACCUGAAAAUGGUCAAACAAAUCUCAACUCCAAGUGCAUCACUGAUGAGCAAACCAAUUCCGUUUUCACAUCAGGUUCCUUAUCUGAGUUGUUAACUGAAUUUGAACCUCAUUUACAACUAGAUCCUGAUGUUGAAGAGGUUAUAACUAAUUUAGCUAAUGAAUUUAUUGUAAAUUGCGCAGAAAAAGCUCAACAACUUGCUUCACAUAGGGUAUAUCAAAUGUUGAAGCAAAAGAUGUUGUAUUUUGUAUGGAACGUGAUUGGAAUGUUAUUGUCCCGGGUUUUGCUACUGAGGAACGAAUUGUACGUAAAAGUUUCACAACUGAAGCACAUAAACAGCGCUUAG